UUUCUGAAAACUUGUUAUUUAUUUGCUUUUCACGUCUUUGAUUUUUUUUUCCUCCCUCACCUCAUGUCCCAGUCUGUGAAUUGAACAUGCCCCCUGCAGCAGUAACCAAUCUUGGCUACACGCCACCGGAUGGAGGCUGGGGCUGGGCUGUCGUCUUUGGUGCUUUCAUCUCCAUAGGAUUCUCUUAUGCCUUUCCCAAGUCCCUCACCAUCUAUUUCAAGGAAAUUCAGGAAUAUUUUUCAGUUUCUUACAGCGAGAUUGCCUGGGUGUCCUCAGUCAUGUUGGCUUCUAUGUAUGCAGGAGGUCCUGUCAGCAGUAUGCUCGUCAAUCGUUACGGCAGCAGACCUGUGGUUAUGGUUGGUGGGCUCAUGGUGAGCAUUGCCAUGGUACUUGCCUCUUUGGGAACCACCAUCAUUCAUCUGUAUCUGUGCGUUGGUGUAAUUGGAGGUUUUGGUCUUGCCUUCAACCUGCAGCCGGCCCUGACAAUCAUUGGCACUUACUUCCAGGUCAAAAGGCCACUGGCAAUUGGACUUGCUAUGACAGGAAGCCCCGUUGUUCUUUCCACUCUCGCUCCUCUCAAUCAGUUCUUCUUUGACUCCUUCGGUUGGAGAGGAAGCUUCCUGGUUCUGGGAGCCAUUGUUUUGAACUGCUGUGUAGCUGGUGCCCUAAUGAGACCGGUCAACAAACGGGUCCAAGUCAAACCCAGUGAUGGAUCGCCGAGGUGUGAAGUGGCCAGGGAAGCUGCUGCUGCGGGCGUUAGCACGCCGUCAGCUGAUCCUCCACCUGAAGAUGGUCCAACUGAGAGCAAAUGUCCCAGCUACAUCUACAGAUACAUAGACCUCUCACUUUUCAGGCACAGAGGUUUUCUCAUUUACCUCGUUGGAAGCGUAGUGAUGUUUUUUGGCUUUUUUGCACCAGUGGUGUUUCUGGCUCCGUAUGCUAAACAUCAAGGGACCGAUGAAUACUCAGCAGCUCUCCUGCUCUCUAUUUUUGCUCUGGCAGAUAUGUUUAUAAGACCUGUAACCGGCAUUAUAGGCAGCAGCAAAUGGGUCAGGCCAAGAAUUCAAUAUUUUUUCAGCUUUGCCGUUUCAUACAACGGAGUGUGCCAGCUGCUGUGCCCACUGGCAUCUGGAUAUGAGGGUUUAGUCGUGUAUGCUGUCUUUUAUGGUUUGGCAUUCGGGAUCCUUUCAGCUCUGCUUUUUGAAGCUCUGAUGGACUUAGUUGGAGCUCAUCGCUUCUCCAGCGCUGUUGGACUAGUCACCAUUAUCGAGUGUGGACCAGUGCUUCUUGGACCCCCAAUUUCAGGAGCUCUGGUUGAUGCUUUUGGUGACUACAGAUACAUGUACUACGUGUGUGGCAUGUUUCUGCUGGCGCCCGGCGUAUUUCUCUUCAUCAUGCAUUAUUACAACUACAAGAAGCUGGAUGAAGAGCAACGGCAGAGUCUGUCAUUGGAGAUCAGGGCUUCUGAAGAGGCACUGAAACUUCGAAUAAACCAGGAGGUUGAAACAAUGAAAUGCAAAUAUGAACUUGAAGCAGCUGACUGA